CUCCCAGUCACUCACAACACUCAUAGUUCUCUCUCUAUCUCUGUCUCUCUCUCUCUCUCUCUCAAAUUUCUUUAUUUGAAUUCAUUCAUUUCAUUACAACUUUCAUCUUCUUCUCUUCCUUUUGAUUCCAAUGGCCACAGUGGAGGUUCAAUCGGCGACGACUGCAUUGUCAGAGACGAAUCCAACGGAGGAAUUGACAGAGACCCAGAAGACCACAUCAGUGGAGGAGGAGACAGUGGCCCCCACUGAAGAGACGGUGGCCCCCACGGAAGAGACGGUGGCCGAAGAGCCCAAAGAGGUGGCGACGGCGGAUGCCACCGCAGUGGAACCAGCCGCACCAGAGAGUGAAGUCCAAGAGGAGACUGAGACUAAGGAAGUGGUAGAAGAGGCUGCAAAGCCCGCCGAAGCGGAACCAGAAGUGGAAAAGACUGAAGAAGUGGCUGAAGAGGCAGCACCGGAGCCGGCGGCGGAGGAGACCGUAGAAGUUAAGGAAUCUGUCGACGUACCGGAGGCUCCGGCGGAGGUGGUAGCCACCCAAGAGGAGAAGCCAGCUGAGGAGGAAGCUAGCAAGGAAGAAACUCCAGCUGAAAAGAGUGCAGAGUAGAUAAUUGUAUGUUUUUAGUAGUAGAGUAUUGUGUUUGUGUAGGAGAGUGUCUUUAGGAGUCCAAAAACCAUGUGGUAGUUUCUUUUGUAAAAGGAGUGUUUGAGAUGGAGUGGGAGUUGGAAGCUAGGAAGCUAGGAAUAGGAAAUAACCCAAGUGGGGCCGCCACAGACCUGAUGACACGUGGCUGGAUUGUGUUGGUGGUCAGAUGGAGACAUUCUCCUAGUUCUCUCCCAUUGGAGGAUUGUCAAGCCUUGGGAAUUGUGCCACGUGGCAUGGGUUUGUUGUUUUAUAAGGGUAUGAGGAUGUGGGUGUGAUGAUAACGGUGCAUGCAUGUGUGUCUUGUAUAAUAUUUGGCAUGGGCCGUUAAUAAAAUAUUCUAGUAUAAUAUUUUAUCUUUA